AAACUCAAUCUCAAAUCUGUCGUUCGCCGCUGUAUAGUUUGCUUGUCACCUCGGUGUUCACAGUCGGUGUUGCACUUGGAUUUGGCCGAUUUUGACGUGUGAGUUGUGACAGUAUUGCAACUUGGUUGCAAUAAAAGUGAUAUAAAAUAAAGACAACCUGUAAUGAAAUUGUGAUAAAAUGGCAGAAAGUAAAGGUGCGCUUAUUGCGAAAUCAGUGCAAAAACAUGCAGGACGAGCGAAGGAAAAGUUCCUCCAGAACCUGGGUAAGGUGGACCGCACCCUUGACGACAUAUUCGAGGAGCACCUACAGAACUUCAACCGACAGCACCAGCAGGCGACCCGGCUGCAGAAGGAGUUCAACAACUACAUACGAUGCAUCAGAGCGGUGCAAACGGCGUCCAAGUCCUUAAUGGAGGCGAUCACGGAAGUGUACGAGAGCGGGUGGUCGGGGCACGACAUGCUUUACGUGCAGGCUCAGAGCAUGGAGAUGCUGUGGCAGGACUUCUCGCACAAGCUCGGCGACCAGGUGCUCAUACCGCUCAACACAUACACCAACCAGUUCCCGGAGCUGAGGAAAAAAAUAGAGAAGCGCGGCAGAAAGCUGGUGGACUACGACAGCCAGAGGCACAACUUCCAAAACCUGCAGGCCAACGCCGCCAAGAGGAGGGAUGAUGUUAAGAUCACCAAAGGUCGCGAGCAGCUGGAGGAGGCGCGGCGCACGUACGAGUCGCUCAACUCGGAGCUGCACGACGAGCUGCCGGCGCUGCACGACUCGCGCGUGCCCUUCUACGUCACCAACCUGCAGACGCUGUUCGCCGCCGAGCAGCUGUUCCACGCCGAGACCAGCAAGGUGUACGCGGAACUGGAAGCGAUUACAGAUAAGCUGGCUACGGAGUGCCAGCGCGGCUCGUACAAGAAGCCCAUCGCCAACAACGUCAAGGCUGAAAUCGCGCCGCACAACGGCAACUCUACCGUGCAACCCAACGGCGACUUGCCGUCCGCGCCGCCGUCGCCCGACAGCGCUGCCGACAACGCGACUGCAGCCAACGACAACGCAACGGCCGCUAACGGCACAGCAACUGCUGCCAACGGUACUGAAACUGCAGCCAACGGCACUGCGGCUGCGGAUAACGGUACUGACAGCGGCGAAGCGACGCCGCCGCCGCGCUCGCCGCAACGACACAACGGAGAAGCCAAGGACGAUACGUAUGAUGUACCAGCAGGGACCCCCGUCACACCGGAGAGAGCCAACAAUAACGUUGAGAAGAAAGAGUUGGUCGACAAUCAGAGCGCGGUAGAGAAAGAGAAGGGAAGCGAAAAAGAAAAGGACGCGCAGAAAGAGACAGAUAACCAAGUUCAAAAAGAUGAAGUGUAUGAUAUACCCGUGGGCGCGACGCUCGCCGGCCUGCCCGCGGGCACGCUGUACCGCGUGCGCGCGACGUACCGCUACACGCGCGAGGACAGCGACGAGCUGAGCUUCGACGUGGGCGACGUCAUCCGCGUCGUCGAGUACGACGAUCCCGAUGAACAGGAGGAAGGCUGGCUGAUGGGCAUCAAGGAAUCGACGAACGAGAAAGGCAUGUUCCCCGCCAACUUCACGCGUCCCAUCUGAGCGACCAUCCCUCUCUGCACCCCUCCGUCAGUUGAGACAGCGAUGCUGACCGAACAGAGGGCUCGAGUUUCAGGGCUUUACCCGCGCAAAACCCUCAAACUCUCGAUUAGGACUCAGGAGUGAACGUUUGGCGACUCGGUUUUAUGCGGAACUGAGACAAAAAUACGAUAUAUUUGUCUCAGACCCAAUCUAGAAAGGUUGAGAAAUGAAAUAGCAACUGGUUCCCAUGUUUUCUCACUCACACUUUAUAUUACGUACGAGCGAAUAAUAUGAUGUGAUGCGUGUGAGCGAAAAAGCAUGACCAGUGACCACCCGACGCCAUUUUAUCUUGUUGCGAAUUUAAAGAAAAUGGCGAUGAUUUUGACAGAGAAACUGACAGUUGUGACUGUCAAAAGCUGUCGCACUUUGAUUGAUCGCUUUCCCGCCAAACGCAGCAUUGUGGCGACAUCUGGGCAUCUUUAGUCAAUCGAUUCUCGCCCAGAUGUUUUCAUCGUGUAGAUUCACUCCGAAUUGUUUUCAGUUUCUAGUGCUUAGUUGUUGAGAGUUGAUAGAUAUAUAUUAUUUAUUAUAUUACAACGAAUUAUAAUCUGUCUUACCGUUUACUUUAUUUAAAUAUUUUUUUUCGAAGGCAACACUGAAUCUGUAAAUAAAACGUAUCGCGAUACACUAAAUCGUAAUCGUGAAUUGUAGGUAUUUUUAAAAAUCACAUAUCUUUUUACGUGUUGUAUAUUUUUGAAAGAAAUUUUGAUAAAAUAUUAUAACGAUGUUCUAAUUAUUAUUGCUCAGUCGUAAUUGUUAAAUAAUGUAAAUGGGAAGUGUCCUUAAUAUAAAGUUAUGAAAUGAAUAGAUACUGGAGAUCAAAAUAAUCUUUAAUUCAAGCCGACUAAAUCAUGACUGUAAUAAACUUGACAUAUUAUUGUUUGGGUUGCCAGUAUUAAAAAAGUUGAGUUGUCAGUAUUAAACAGGUCUUAUAUUAUAUUGAAAAAAAUAUAUAGCGGCUACCAUAUUAU